AAAGAAGAAUGCCCCCGCUGCAACCUAAAUAUCUUCCAUGGAGUUCACAGCGUUUAAUUUUAGACUCCCCACAUGGCAGCAAGGGCACAGGCCGCUCCCGGGCUGAAGUCAAAAGUCAGAGGCUCCUCAGUUGGCUCGGGAGUCGCAGGCUGGACGGAAGUCCUUGUGCCGCUCGAUACCGACGGGACCACGAACCCAGGCGAACGACGAUGUCAAACGGCAAGGACCCCGAGGACCUCAACGUGGAGGACAUCGACGAGGAUGAACUCCUCGCCACGCUUUCGCCGGAGGAGCUCCAGGAGCUCCAGAGCGAGAUGGAUGUUAUCAUUGCCCCGGAUGAGAGGGUGCCAGUGGGCCAGAGGCAAAAGGACCAGACGGAGAAGACCCCGACUGGGACGUUCGACCACAGGUCCCUGGUCGGUUACCUCUACUGGGAGAAAGAGUCCAAUCGUAUGCUGGAGGAAGAACGAGUGCCUGCUACUCUGCUGCCCAGUGAGAAAACGUUGAGUGAGGAAACUGAAAAGAAAGACGAGGAAGAAGAAGAUGCGGAAUAUGAAAUGAUAGAGGAAGUCAUUGAGGAAGAAGCUGUUGAUGGUACAGAUGGAGAGGAAAUUAUAGAGAUUGUUGAAAUUAUUGAAGAGGUUGAUGAGAGGGACGAAAAGAACAAAGGGGUGGACGGGAAAGACGAGGAAGGGUUGAAGUCGCCGGUGAGCGCAGACCAAAAUGAAAAUACUAACACACAUGUAGAUUUCCCGAACGACAACACACAAAAAGUAGCAGAAAACAACACAGAUGGCAAUCGGCCCCUUUCAGACAUAACGCAGAAGAGUGAGAGCGUGGCCCCAAAGCAAAGAGUUGAAGAGAAGGAGGAAAUUAAAACGGCCGACUCUUUGCCUCCCAAAGAGGCCACAGAGGAGCAAGAGGUACGCGACACAAAUGAAAAGCUCCCGCAGAAGGAAGAGAGGAAAAUUAACAAAUUGAAUAUUCCAAAGCUGGCCCUCAGUAAUGUAAAAAUGACGUCGAGACCCUCGGGAAAUGAGACAAACUUGGAGUCGACGCUCGACAAAAUCCGCAACAACAACCCUUCGGUCACAGAGGUCAACCUCAACAACAUCGAAAACAUUCCCAAAGACAUGCUGUUGGACUACGUCAACGCGCUGAAGAAGAACAAACACGUGAAAACCUUCAGCAUAGCCAACACCGGCGUUGAUGAAAACAUAGCCUUCAACCUGGCCAACAUGCUACGGGAGAACCGCGGCAUCACCACUUUGAACAUCGAGUCCAACUUCGUGACCGGCAAGGGCAUCGUGGCCAUCGUCCGCUGCCUCCAGUUCAACGAGACGCUCACCGAGCUGCGCUUCCACAACCAGAGGCACAUGCUGGGCCACCAUUCGGAGAUGGAGAUCUCGCGCCUGCUCAAGGCCAACCACACCCUGCUGAAGAUGGGCUACCACUUUGAGCAGGCGGGACCCAGGAUGGUGGUCACCAACCUUUUAACCAGGAACCUGGACCGCCAGAGGCAGCUGAGGCAGGAGGAGCAGAGGCAGCAGCAGGCCAAGGAGCAGCGGGAGACGAUGCAGAUGUACGAGAACAGCCUGAACCUGCCCCCCGGUUUCUUGGAGAUGCUCGGCUACGUGCCGCCUCUGGAGGUCCUGCGGGGUUGCGGGCUCGUCCCGCCCGCGCCGGAACCCGCCAUGGAAGCGCGGACGCCACAGCAGGCGGCGGACCCGCAGCCCCAGAAGCAGCUCAAGCACAAGGGCGCUCCCGAGCAGGCCGCCGCCGCAGAGACGGCCAACACGGCCAACACGCUGAGGGAAGUCCAGCUGAAGAGGACUCCCAAGAAGCGGGACCCUUUUCUCGACCUGGAUCCGAGGGACAACAAGGGACCGGGGAGGCCGAGUUUCCAGCUGAGGAAGACGCCCCGAGGGAAGGACGCAGACAAUGGAGCGUUGGCGGAGGAAAAAGCAAACCUGAAGGACGUGAUCAAGACUUUAAAGCCCGUCCCUCGCAGGCGAUUGGCGGCCAAGGUCGACGUCACGCCCCGCGACCAGCUGCUCGGUGAGAUCAAAAAGAGCAGCGUGGCCUACCUCAAAUCUGUGCCGCUCCCUAAAGUCCUGGAAUCAAGUGAAACAAGUCUCUUGUGAGGCUGCAUGGGUGCGCAAAAUAAAACUGAACUAUACUUUCAUUUCAUAAUAAAAAUAUAUUGGCGGUAGUUUUUUUAAUUGAGUUGAUAUUAAAACAUUUGGCCUAUUUUAUCAUUUGAAAUUGUCAUUCAUAUAUUCCUUAACACCGUGUGCAAAAAAAUUGUUAUUAAAGCAGUUUGGCUUUAUUAAGGAUUUUUUUACUGAAGAGACUAUAAGGGAUUGCUUUGUUUCAAAGAUUUAAUCCAACUAAAACAAGAAAAACAGGUUUAUUAUACCUCUAUAUAUAUAAAUAUUUAAACAGACUGAAUUGGGAAACGACUGCAACAUAAACCAUGUUAUCUUUAUUUGUUUUAUAUGGGACAGCCAGGUUUUACUCCCAGUUGUUUGAUUCAAUCAUCAACUUUAAAGAAUAAAAAAGUCACAAAUCACCAGUGAGAAUAUAAUCUAUUAUCCAAACAACAUUAGCUUUCUAAAUUGUCAGACGUGACGUAUCAUGGACACAGUGCAGUUAAAGUGCAAGUGUGGAGAAGAAAAUAAAUAAAUAAAU